CCGAAGGGCCUGUUUCCACAUUGUAUCACUCUAUGACUCUAUCUAUGAACCAGUUUCUUAUUUGAACCAGGUUUUAAAUACCUGUAAGUAAUUGGCACAGAUCAGGGAAAAGUUGGAAAGAAUUGCACUUAUAUUGCAGUUAGUCCAUGACAAAAGAAUUUAUGGCAUAUUUAAAUUAAAUCUUUUGGCUCUUUAAUGUUGCCUCAGAGACAACUUUUGCAUUUUUCCCGUUAUGGGUUUAACAUUUGAACCAUCCUUUGGUUUUGAGAUUUUUUGUACUUCAUUAUUUAAAUGUGGUAAAGAAGGGGGAUUAAAAUAUACGUCUUUUAGUACUGGGUUGCUGGCUUAUUUGAUGUUCCAGUAAAAGAAAGGAAUAUUCUAUUCUCAUGAGGAAACUCGCCAUGGGUAAUUUCUUUAAAAUGCAGAAACUCAAGUUAGAGCACGAAGCUUUUGGAGUGGAGUGUCUGCCUGUAUAAACAAGAAAGCCUAAACGGAGCAAGUCCAGGAAAGAAAACCAAGGAAAUGUUUAUAUCACAUAUUCCAGAUCACAGCGAUUUAAUCUCUGGAGAGCACCUGUGGAAGUGUGCUGCCUCAGGGCUCUGAAAUAUUGCUGCUUUUUUAUCCUUUCAAAACUGCAUGACAAAUGAAUUCAGGGAGUCAUUGACACACGAAGCAAAGCAUCUGUUUUCCGACUAAACCAAUAAUUUCUCCCGAGCCAAAGUACAGGUUACAGGAUUAGUAUAAUCAUAUGCCCUAGGCUCCACACGCCACUCGCACUGUAGGCCUAUCAACGCCUUUAUUUGCUUGCUGAACUCCAACCCAGAAUAACUCAAAUUAAACAGGGGAAGCAGAAGAGAGAUAAAAUACUAAAAUAAUAAGGUUCAUUGGAGGAAUUUAUUUAAUCAAGUCAUCAGCUUGUACCUGUCAAGUGCAGAAUUGUUGAGUCGGAAGAACUUUGUUGCGUGUGCAAGCAAAGUUAGUUGCUUCAAACUCCACCCUUUGUCUUGGCGAAUUCUGCAUUUUGCAGACUGUCAGUGAGCGUUUAAUAUGGCCGUGGCCUUGAAACAAGUGUUCAAUAAGGACAAGACGUUCCGCCCCAAGCGCAAGUUUGAGCGGGGCACGCAGAGGUUUGAACUGCAUAAGCAGGCACAAGCAUCGCUGAAUGCGGGCCUGGAUCUGAAAGUCGCAGUUCAGCUCCCUUCCAACGAGGACCUCAAUGACUGGGUGGCCGUACACGUGGUGGAUUUCUUCAACCGCAUUAAUCUGAUCUACGGAACGGUUUCCGAGUUCUGUACCGAUACCACAUGCCCAGUAAUGUCAGGUGGACCUCGGUAUGAGUACAGAUGGCAGGAUGAGAAUAAAUACAGGAAGCCCACCGCACUGUCCGCGCCACAGUAUAUGAGUCUCCUCAUGGACUGGAUUGAAACCCAAGUCAACAAUGAAAACAUCUUUCCGACCAGUGUUGGAACUCCAUUUCCCAGGAACUUCCAGCAAGUUUGCAAGAAGAUCCUCUCUCGUCUUUUCCGUGUAUUCGUCCACGUUUACAUCCACCACUUUGACCGAAUCGGCUUUAUGGGAGCCGAGGCCCAUGUUAAUACUUGUUACAAACAUUUUUACUACUUUGUUAAAGAGUUCAACCUUAUAGACAGCAAAGAAUUAGUACCACUGAAGGAGAUGACCAUGAGAAUGUGCCAUUGAAAAGUGUCAUUGAUCAACUGCAGAAGAAGGUGUUCCAUCUCCAUCGUUGUUGAAAUGGAAUAUCAUACCAAAAACAAACUUGAAGGAAAAUUGGUCGUCCAAUUUCAAUGUUGAAAUGUGAAAGAUUAAAACGUCUAGAUGUGGAAUUUUCUCUUGAUGCAGGAGGCUACAAUAAUUGUAGAAAAUUCUUUUGGGCACCAAGGCAUCUGCCUAGGACAGUUAAUAGCUUACGUUUCAUGACCACUGCAAAUAACGUGAUUCUGCGGCUAUAAUGGUGCAAAAGAAAUGAAGAGAGCAUUUUUAUGAGAAAUAGUAUUGCUUUGUAUAAAAUUAAUUGAUAUUUUAUGCAUUUCAUUGUAUAUGAAGUGUCUUAGAAUGUUUCUGAUCUGUUUGAUAAAGCACUAUGAAAGGCAAGUACUGUCCAUGACCUGAAAAACGAACAGUUCAUUUAUCUUGCUCACUUGCUCAACAGUUCCAGCUGAUUUAAUAAGGUUUGGCUUAUCAAGUCAAAAGCCUGUGAAGAACAGUUUGCAACAUUCCUUGCACAUUGACUUCAACAGGAAUUCCAUAUGUAUUUCCCACAAUGGUACAGUCACACAGUUCUCUCUUGUGGCACAAAUUCUCUGAAAAUAUAUUUUGUCCUGAAUGGUACAUAUAAUAUGUGCAUAUUUGGUUGUUUCAACUGAAAGAAAACAGUUGGCAGACAUUUUUUAAAUAUUUAAAGAAGAAUUAUAUACUUUUUUACUAUAUUUCUUUAAAUUUUUAGUGUCACUGAACGCUAUAAUACAGUCUAGUUUUUCAAUUCCUGGGGACAUCUGUGGUGAAAGGUUAUUUUUUAAAUUUAUAUCAUAUUUUUCUUUGUUAUAUCACUUGCUUCGAUUUCCAACUGGCUGAAAUUUGUUAUUUCUGCUUUUGAUUCUGUGAGAAAUUUCUGCUUCUAAGAUUAAAGUGUAAAAUUAUUGAAACAUUU